GGAUGACAGCAUGAAACAUCUGUCCACCUUAAAGUUUCAUUGGUCUAGUCUGCAAAUAUAAGUUUUCACCAAAGUUUCCCGCGUUAGUGAAAGAAUUUAAGCGGUAAGGAAAGCAGCUUGGGGCCUAGCGAACUGUAGGUUUUGAACUUUACAGUAUUUAGAAGAAUGUCUUUCAGAGUGGACAGAACCAUUAAGGAGAAUGUGUCCCAAGAACAAGAUAAAUUGAACGUAAAGAAUAAGGGGAAUCAACGUACGACCAAUACGAAGGUUACGAAAGUGUUGCAGGACAGCACUUCUUGUAAUAUCAUUACCAACAGCCAUGAAAUCGAAAUUAAGGAAAGUUUGCCUGCCAAGAAAUUUGACAUAGGAUUGGAACCCCUACUAAGAGAGAACCCAAGACGAUUUGUAAUCUUCCCCAUCCAAUAUCACGACAUAUGGCAAAUGUACAAGAAGGCAGAAGCUUCGUUUUGGACUGCGGAAGAAGUGGAUUUAUCCAAGGACAUGGCACAUUGGAACAUGCUGACAGAAGAUGAAAGACAUUUUAUCUCCCAUGUACUAGCAUUUUUUGCAGCUUCAGAUGGAAUUGUUAAUGAGAAUUUGGUAGAGAGAUUCAGCCAGGAAGUACAAGUAACAGAAGCAAGAUGCUUCUAUGGCUUUCAGAUAGCGAUGGAAAAUGUCCAUUCAGAAAUGUAUAGCUUGUUGAUUGAUACCUACAUAAGGGAUCCUUCACAGAGGGACUACUUAUUUAACGCCGUUGAGACGAUGCCGUGUGUGAAAAAGAAGGCAGAUUGGGCCCUUCAGUGGAUAGCGCACGAAACUGCGACGUUUGGUGAGAGAGUGGUUGCGUUUGCUGCAGUGGAAGGUAUCUUCUUCUCUGGAAGUUUUGCUGCUAUCUUCUGGUUAAAGAAGCGGGGACUUAUGCCCGGUCUCACCUUCAGCAAUGAACUUAUUUCACGAGACGAGGGUCUACAUUGUGACUUUGCUUGCCUGAUGUUUAAGCACUUGGUGCAGAAGCCGACGGAAGAGGAAGUGACGGCCAUCAUAAGGGAUGCUGUCGCAAUAGAGCAGGAGUUCUUGACGGAGGCUUUGCCCGUUGCCAUGAUUGGCAUGAAUUGCAACCUUAUGAAGCAGUACAUCGAGUUUGUGGCCGACCGUCUGCUUGUCGAACUAAACUGCAGAAAGAUUUUCAAUUCUGAGAACCCUUUUGACUUCAUGGAACUCAUUUCUCUAGAAGGGAAGACAAACUUUUUUGAGAAGAAAGUUGGAGAGUACCAGAAGUGUGGAGUGAUGGCUAACAAAGAAGAUAAUAUUUUUACAUUAGAUGCUGACUUUUAAUUAUAAAAUUGUUUGCGGAGUCAGCAAUCAAUAUUAGUAUAUGUUGUACCAAGUACAGUUUGUGAUAUAUUUUUUCACUUCCUGUUUGUGAGCAACUGUUUCUACGGGAACACAUAAUUAAUUAAUCUCUCUCGUAGACUGUGGGUUAAUACUUCUGAUGUGAAUUUUUUAUAUUGAAUGUAAUAUUUUGUGUUAUGAUAGAAUAACCAUAGCAGCUGUUGACUGUAUAUCUGCUGAUUGUGUUUUAUUAGCCUUGAUUUGAGGAUAAGACAGUGGGAUUACUGAUCUUGCAUUGGAGGAUGAUUACAUGUUUUUAACAAGAUUUCAGGUUCCCAUGGUGUCAGGUAUGAAGACUGCUGUUUUGGGAUGCUGAGGCAUGUAGCAUGGUAGAAAUUGAUGUGUUUCAGAGGCAGUAAGCACAUCUUAAACAUCACUUAUUGCGCCUUCAGUAAUUUCACAUAUAUGUUCUUAAUUUAUUCAAGAGAAUGUGUAAUUUACUCUUAUGUUGUGAUUAAAUACAUUUUAUAAAUAAA